AGCAAAACUCUUGUGCACGGGAGACGGGAGGAAACUCAGCCUAGAACUUCUCAAAAGAAACUUCUGGCCGGAUUUUUCGAACGGGCCUUAGCUGGACAAGGAAGUUGGGCCAGCUGGGCUGGGGAAGGGGCGCCUUCGAGGUCUCACUGUGGGCCCGAGAAGGACCAGGCCCAGCAUGGAGGCCCUUGCCUUGUACAACUUCCAGGCGUCCGAGAAGGAUGAAUUAGCCUUUAAGAAGGGAGACACGCUGAAGAUUCUGAACAUGGAGGAGGACCAGAACUGGUACAAAGCGGAGCUUCUGGGGCUGGAAGGAUUCGUCCCCAAAAACUACAUCAAAAUGAAGCCUCAUCCGUGGUAUUGUGGCAAAAUCUCCAGGCAAGGUGCCGAAAAGGCCCUCCUCAAACGACGGUUCCGGGGCGCGUUUCUCAUCCGGCAGAGCGAGAGCAGCCCGGGAGAUUUCUCCAUCUCUGUGAACUACGGAGACCAAGUCCUGCACUUCAAGGUCCUCCGGGACAAAAAGGGCAAGUGGCAUCUCUGGGAGGAGAAGUUCAACUCCAUCAACGAACUGGUGGACUUCUACCGAACCACCAGCAUCGAUAAGAAGAGGCAGGUCUUCCUGAGAGACCACGUAGAAGCCGAGGAGCCCAAGAAGCCAACAUUCGUCCAAGCCCAGUUUGACUUCUUGGCCGAGAACCCCUCGCAGCUGAGCUUCAGCCGAGGGGACAUCCUCAAGAUUCUGGACUGCUCUGACCCCCACUGGUGGAGGGGGAAGCUGGGGGUGAAGACGGGCCUUUUUCCUCGGAACUACGUUUUCCCCCUGCGCAUGUGACCUAGCUGGCUGGCGGAAGUGGUCGGACGUCCCAUCUGGACCUUUUCUUCUCUUGCACAAAGUCAACCGAUGCUUUGACUCGCCCUCAAGCAGAGCCAGGCCAAACUUUCCACUUUCACACUCCGACCUUAAAAGAGGCCCCUUGGCACACCCGGACGGCCAUUCGGAAGCUGGAACCUUCGGGCUUCAUGGCAGGUUGAAAUACUUUGCAGACCGAUCCCCGUCACCCACCUGGAGCCCAAACCAACCUCUGGAGAAUCCUAACUACUUUGCUUCAUAAAACAAUGUAUUUCUAGAACUGCAAUCCAGUUUCCAUCAAGGUCACUCCUUGUUCAAAACUGCCUUCUGGUCCAGGUUUACCUUUCCACCCUCUGAUGGUUUCAAAGAGCUGGGAGCCUUCCCUGAAUUGACACACUGGAAUGAGCUACAGUGAGAAAUCUGAUGGUGCUGGUGUUGAGAAAAUUCAGUAUCAAUUCUUACCGCCCCACCUUUGUAGGGGGGAAAAACUACAGUUCCCAGCAUCCCUUGACAAGAUGCGUGGACCGCAAAAUUACAGUGGAGAGGGCCUUCCUAGAGAGACCCUGCGGAGCAUGCUGGCUGGGGAAUUCUGGGAGUUGGAGUCUUAGAGUGGCCAAGACUGAGAAACACUGCUCUCUGGAUGCCGGCCCCCUCCCCACCCCCCCGGUUGCCCUGGUCUUGAAGCCCCUCUUGACUGCCGCAGAAUAUUUUCUGCCAAUCUUCAGACAUGUCCCGGGUGUCCUCCUGAGUUUUGAUCUCACACCUUGGAGGAGAUCCUCAAAAAGUGAUCCUGCGGAUUCCCAACAGUGGACCUGUGGACUCAGGAAGCAGAUGGGGAAAUCCCCUCCUGUUGCUUUCUCUUUCUAACUCUCUUCUCAGCGUUUUGCUGUCCAAUCCAGCUCUCUCUGCUCCGCAGCCCCCUUGGUCAGCCGCCAAGUGCAAGGAGGAAGGAAGGAAAGCGCUGAUCAUCCGGCGGGUCAGAAAGUCCACCGUCCCCCUCCUUGACCUCCUGCUCCCCUCCUAAUCUUUAUGAGGCCUGCCCUAAAUUGAGCAUUUGCUCAGCCCCCUGCAGAGGUGCUUCCAAAGCUUAUCAGGACUGCGCAGGGCUGGAAGCUGUUUUCCACCUGGUGGGGGCUGGCCCCGAUACAGCCUCUUCGUGGCCCUCGGACCACACCAGGGGCCCCUCCCAGGAGAUGGGACGGCAGCUCUACAUGGGGCUGCCCCUGAAAAGUGUCCGGAGACUACAAUUAGUCCAGAAUGCAGCCGCA